UAAAUGAAAAGUACAACCCCAGAAGACAGACGCCCUAACAGACUGAAGCUCCGAAGAGACAUGGACCCGAAGGCAGCUGUCGCCGUUGGAGUAGGGGCAGGAGCAGGAGCAGUCGUUGCUGUCCUAGGGAUUCCUCUUGUCCUGGGAGUCAUAGGUUUUACCUCAGCUGGAAUAGCAGCGGGCUCAUAUGCAGCCGGCAUGAUGUCAUCAGCUGCAAUAGCUAAUGGAGGAGGAGUGGCAGCAGGAGGUCUGGUGGCUACUUUGCAGUCAAUAGGUGCAGCUGGUCUGUCUGGAGCUGCAACCACAGCUGUGUCUGGUGUUGGAGCAGCAGUGGGAUGGCUGGUCAGCCACAUCCGCAAAAAGGCAUAAAGGAACAAGAUGGAGCCAAAUCUCAGACAACUGAAAUGUUUUAGUUUCUGCUUCCAACACGUAAAUCCUAUCAAGCCCUUCAAUACAUUGAUGGACAUGAACAACAGUCCCUGCAUACGUCCAUGGAUCUGGAGCCUCCUAUGGGAAAGGAGAAGUGGGUUAAGGCCCUUUAACCCGCAGCAGUGGUGCUCCUCAGGGAUGUGUCUAAUCACACUGGCUCUUCUCCUUAUACGCUAUCAGUUUUACAGCCUCCUGAAUUUUAAUCCUUGCAUUGUGAUACAUUCAGCUCGUCAUGGUCUGGGACUAUAGUCAUUAGUGAAAUCAAUAAAUAAAAUUGAUUGAUUGAUCAGUA